GCAAACGCUGGGAGGCUUAAAACUGCUGCUUGUAUCCCGGUUGUAAAACUGCACUUGCAAUCGCCGGCUGCGAGCUUCGGCAGCCUUUGUAUUUGGUUAGGUAUUCGGUAAUAUCACUCCUCACUGUCUCGCUGCAAAAGCAACCUAUCUAGCCUGAGCCACAGUCUGAGCCGGGCGAGCUGGCUGGCGCACAGCCCAGAAGGCUCCAGCGUUCAGCGUCGCGCGCCAGGCUGUCGUCCUCGCGGACUGCAGACUCUGCCUGUGCGCCAUGUCGUCCGUGUAUGAGCGUAUAACGUCCGCGCUCUCGUCCCUGGGCAAGCGGCGCGAGCGGGACAGCAGUGCGCAUGAGGGCGAUGGCGCGGGCGCCAGCGCUGCAGGCGGAGGCCCCACCUCGCCGGGUGGCCGCAGCGCGGCCGCGCGCACGCCCAAGCGCUUCCGCCCCUGGGAGCAGGCCGACUUACACAAGCGCCUGGAGACCUACAAGCCGCUGACGUGGUUCGGCAAGCCGGCCUCGGUGGGGCCGGUGCCGUGCGCGCUCAAGGGCUGGGUCAACGACGGCAGCGACUGCCUGACCUGCGAGUACUGCGGCUCCAAGCUGGUCUACCCGCCGCACGUGGCGUACGACCAGCGGCAGGCGGCGGCAGACAUGUUCUCGCCUUCGCUCACCACCAAGCACACCGCCACCUGCCCCUGGCGCCAGACCGCCUGUCAGCCCAAGCUGCUGGCCUACGUGCCGUCCACCACGCCCGAGCAGCUCUGCUCGCUCUUCUACUCCCUCGCCGACAAGCUCAUGCGCGUGGACGUGCUGCCUGACAUGGACACGCUCGCGAUCCAGACGCUGCGCAGCACGGCCAUGCCGUACGGAUCAUACGACGACUUCAUCACGGCGGCGGCGCCCGGCGGCGGCGCCGUCGUUGGCGGCGGCGGCGCCGCCGGCUACAGCCACGACCUGGCGCCGCGGCGGCGUCAGAUGCCGUCGGCCACCAUCCGGGAGCUGGACCAGAACGGCGAUGAGGUAAUGACGCCGUCGGGCUCGGCGGCGGGCGCCGCUGCAGCGAUGGCGCCGGCGGCGGCGGCUGGCGGCGGCGGCGACGCGGCGGCGGUGCUGCAGGCGCUGGUGGCGGCGGGCGACGCGGGCGAGGGUCAGGCGGUGCUGGUGCAGACCAGCAAGUUGGCGCCGGCGCAGAAGGCUCGACUGCUGGCGCUGCUGGGCUGGGACGUGGACGUGCUACAGCCCGACAGCGCCAGCGGCAUGGCUGUAGCGCCCUUUGCGGCGGGCGGCAGCUACAGCCUCAGCCACCUGGGCGUCAAGCCCAAGGCGGCGGCGGCGGCGGCGGCGGGCGCCGGGGCCGGCGGCGCUGCCGUCCCCGGGACGCCGGGUGGUGCGGGCGGCAAGGGCGGCAAGGGUAGCAGCAAGGUGCCCAGCAGUCAGGUGGUGCUCAAGUGCCCAAUUUGCAACAGCCGCAUGGGGCUGUGGAACUACUCGGGCGUGCGGCCGGUGCCCGUAGGCCGCCUCACAGCGCCGCCGCCCCCCGCCGCCGGCGGCGCCGCCGCGCUGAUGCUCAGCCCGCGGCCAGCCGCCGCCUCCAGUGGCGGCGGCGCCGCCGCCGCCGCCGCGCCGGCGGUACCAGCCACUAUCGGCAGUGACCCUCUCAGCUGCACCAUCGCGGGCGGGCAGUACGGGCAGUUCGGGUUUGGUGGCGCCGCCUCCGCCGCUAAGCCGUUUGGCUCCGCUGCCGCCGCCGCGCCGUUCCGCUUCGGCUCCGCCGCGUCGACGGCGCCCGUGUUCGGCCUGGCGGCCAUGGACGUGGACGCGCAGCGCGCCGCCAGCGCUGCCAGUGGCCCGUUCGGCUCCGCCGCUGCCGCCGCCGCUGCCACGCCGUCGAUGCCGGCGCCGUCGGGGUCUGCGACGCCGGCGCCAGCAGGGCGCAAGCGCAAGGCGGAGGCUCCGGAGCCGAUGGCGCUCGACGCGCAGCACACGCCAUCCGCGGGCAUGGCGACGCCGGUGGCGGCGCCGGACGGCAAGCGGCAGCGGAUGGCGGCCACGCCGCUGUGGGGCGGGGCCGGGUUCGGCGCCGUGGGGGGCCCGGCGGCGUCGCCGAGCGGCCUUGGGCUCGGGGGCGCGUCGGCGUUGGCGGCGGCGUCGGCGGCGGGGCAGCCGCGGGAGUUGGAUCCUGUGGCCCAGCACCGCAGCUGGUGCCCGUGGGUGUACACAGGCUCGGGCGAUGAGAAGCACAUGAGCGGCUGGCAGCACAUGCUCAGCGCCCUGUCACAGCACCAGCAGCACCAGCAGCAGCAGGCUAACGUGGCGGCGACGCCGGGGGCGGCGGCCGCCUCGCCGGCGGACGCCCGGCAGCUCCGGGACAACGCGCUGGAGGCCAUCCGCAAGCUGUAGCGGGCGCAUGCUGUAGCAGCUGUGGCAGUUGUACGCGCGCAGGCUGCAGCAGCUAGGCCGUGUUGGGCUGUGGCGCCGGUGGUGAUGCGGAGGUGGUGGUGGUGGUGGUGGUGGCUUCCGGAUGCUGCGUGUGUGGAGGGCGACGGCAGUGCGAACGGAGCGUGCUGCAGGAGGUUUUGGCGCGCGUGUUCCUUGAUUUUGCCUGGCUUGGCCGGGAGCCGACGCGAGAAGGGCAUCGAUUGCUGCUAUGACCUUGCGGAAGUGGCGGUGUUGACGCGUGCGUACUUGAGUUGGCAUGAACUGCUCUCAGCUCGCGUAGUGUGCGUUGCAGUUCACAAUUUCUUGGCUGGGAUGCGUGCGUUUGCACGGGUGCAUGGCACGCAAUGGGGUCGCGCACCACCGUGACAGGUGUGUGCGCCGAUGCAAAGGCUGCACAGGGUGCUAGCUAGGCGUUCCAAUUACGGUACUGGAAGUCGCGGCGUGUGCGUUGCAGGUCACAAUUUUGGCCGGGACGCAUGCGCUCACAUUGGUGCAUUGCGCGCAAGUACCGGUAAGCCCAUCACCGUAACAGCUCCGAUGCAACGGGUGCACAGGGUUUUAGGUGUGUCGGUUAUGGGCACAUGACUCAGAUCCUGCAUGACUGCCGGUGUUCCGACGUCACCAAGCGUACACAUUGUCGAGCCUGUAAACGUUCAGCAUG